AUGCUGGCCCAUACGAUUCUUGGAGUGGAUUUCAAUGAUUCAACUGGUGAAACUUCGUUCUUGAUUCUGGAUCCUCAUUAUACCGGCGACGAAGAUUUGCAAACGGUCAUAACGAAAGGAUGGUGCGGCUGGAAAGGAGCUAGCUUUUGGAAACAGGAGCAUUUCUAUAAUUUAUUGUUGCCAGUGCCACCACAAGGUGCCAUUUAA